UUAAAUUACAUAAUAUAGUAUCACCAGAGGUCGGUAUUGUGCGUUAUUCGCACUUUCUUGAUUCUAUGUUAUUUUUCCGACUAUAAUUUUAUAUUAAUAAAAUGGGUAAUACAUUACAAAAAGCGAUAAGUUCAGAUCCUUUUCCGGAUUCGGAAAAACCAACAUUUGAUCCGAUGUUCGGAUUUUCCGGACAACGUAAACAAAGAGUUAUGCCUGUGUCAGAAGAAGAUAUGAUAGCUGCUAAAAUUCCACAUGAUUUAAGAGAUUAUUGUGCUCAUCUUUAUUUAAAUUAUAUCCGGUGUUAUAUGGAAAAAUUCCCUUUUGUAACCCGUUGUGUAACAGAAAUACAUGAUUAUCAAAAGUGUGAAUAUGAUGAUUAUAUUUUAAGAGCGAAAGAAUAUGAAAGAGAACGUAGACUUCUCGUUAGAGAACGCAAUAGGCAAGAAGCUUUGAAAGCAGCAGCUUAGAUUUUAGAUUUAUUCAAAAUUGUAUACAUGUAUACAUUUAGAUUAGAUUGUGAAAGAGCAAUUAAUAAAGAAUUUAAGAUAUAAAUUAUUAAAAA